GUGGCGUGCGUCUGCACACACAGACACACAGACAAAGACGGCGGACCGGAGGAGCGAGAGUCAGUAGCGCGUUAUUACUCUCCAGUGUUCCACGCGUGGAAACGUCCAGAAAAACAUGAGCAGAGCGUGAGCAACGCAGAGGCGGGACGUGUGAUUUCAGCGCACAGUGGCGUUUGAUUUUUUUUACCGCAAAUGCUUUUGAAGUACGAGUCUUUUCUCAACGCCCCCCAACAAUUAGCAGCUCCGCUAGCGGUUAGCCAUCCUCGCCAUCAGCCAGAAAACGCGAGAUAAAAGCAGCGGGCGAGGAAAUAAGAAAGCGUGGUUGUUGUGUUGUCUAAUGCACACACACGGGCAUUGCUAUGCCUAGCCCCCUGUUCCACCCUGACAUCAUGGAUCACGAUAUGGUUGUGAGCAGCACCGGCCAGUCCAGCGGGGUCACCCUGCCGCUCGCCCGGGACUCAGAGUUGGAAUCCCGGGACGAGGAGCACCAGGAGGCGCUGCGCUUCGCCCUGGAUCAGCUGUCACUCAUGGCGCUGGAUAAAGUCGACUGUUUGGACGGAACAUCAUCGGGCAGUGAGAACUUGAACGGAGGUGGUGGUUAUGUCGACCUGCAGAUUCAUCCGAACGGGUCACGGGAGUCGCCCAGCUCCUGCUCGCCCUCUCCGGAGUACUACGGCACAGGAGGCGGCGGAUACCACAUGGCCGUCCCGCACUCCAUUCUCGUGGAACAAAGCUCCGUGCUCCGCAAGAGGAGUGUCAACAUGACCGAGUGCGUUCCCGUGCCAACGUCAGAGCAUGUGGCGGAAAUUGUGGGCAGACAAGGUUGCAAGAUCAAAGCUUUGCGUGCAAAAACAAACACUUACAUCAAGACGCCAGUGAGAGGAGAAGAUCCUGUGUUUAUCGUGACGGGUCGGCGCGAAGACGUCGAAAUGGCUAAGCGAGAAAUAAUUUCUGCAGCGGAACACUUCUCCAUGAUACGAGCGUCACGCUGUAAAGCGGGCGGCAACAGCGGGCCCGGGUCGGGCGGAUCUCUCCCUGGACCUCCGAACCUCCCGGGACAAACCACCAUCCAGGUGCGUGUGCCCUACAGAGUUGUCGGUCUGGUGGUGGGACCCAAAGGCGCCACGAUCAAACGCAUCCAACAGCAGACACACACGUAUAUCGUCACGCCCAGCCGCGAGAAAGACCCUGUGUUCGAGGUGACUGGAAUGCCAGAGAACGUUGACCGAGCACGAGAAGAAAUUGAAAUGCACAUCACGCUCCGCACAGGUGCGUUUGUGGACCUGCAAGGAGACAACGACUUCCACAGCAACGGUACUGACGUGAGUUUGGAGGGUCUCGGUUCGCUGGGGCUCGGCGGUACGCUGUGGUCACGUGCCAGUCACUCUGCCCCGCCUCCUCCACCACCUCCCCCUCCACCACCCCUUCACGUUUCCAAACGCAAGAUGUCGUCCACGUCCUACUCCAACAGCGCUCUGAACUCUGACUCGUUUACGGUGACGCGGCGAGCCACGGAUGGCGGGAGUCCCACGAGCCCGUUCAGUACAAGCAGCGCUGGCGGUAGCUUCUCAUUCGCCGGUGAUUCCACUCCUGUACUGCCAGCUGCGUCGGAAGACCUGGGCUUCGAGUUCAGCGCUGCCAAUAUCUGGGCACCGUUCGUCAACGGCGGUAAGCAGCAACAGCCAGUUCGUCGCAACAGUAGCGGGCUUAGUGGAGGAGCCAUUACCCCGCGCCUGUCGCCCACCCUGCCCGCCGACCCCUCCAGUCUGGAUCACCCGCUCGCCCGCAGAGCACAGAGCGACCCCCUUAGUACACUCUCCUGGCUACAAACGGGUGGUGGAUCAUUUUCGGGUGGUAGCAGCAGUAGCGGGGGAAGCUCCACCGGUUACUCCUCUUGCUCAGCAUCUUCAUUGCCCGGCGGAUCGCCCACUGAUUCCGAGGGAGGUGGCAGCGGCGUGGGCAUGGCAUCCACCAUGCUUGGUCGCCUAAAAGCGGGUGGUCUGGCUGUCAUGGUGCCCGGAAGUUGUAGGGACUGUUACGUGUGCUGUGAGAGCGAGGUAACAGCCGCUCUGGUCCCGUGCGGGCACAAUCUCUUCUGCAUGGAUUGCGCGGGGCAGAUAUGCCAGUCGCAAGAGGCUGAGUGUCCCGUGUGCCACACCCCCGUGACGCAGUGCAUUCGAAUCUUCUCUUAAUACCCGGACGAACGCAAACCCCCAAUAAACUUCCUCACAAUUAAAGACUGCCUUCAUAGGAUUGACCGUAAUUAUUAGAUAUGACACUAUUCUGAUUUAUUGACAAUAAUAAUAAUAAUUACUAUGAAAAUGACUAAAUUAUCGACUCAAGUACUUGUUGUUUUUUCGUGAAACUGAGGAGCAAAGAAAACCAGUGUCUUCAGUGUUCACAUUCGUUCUGCCGUAUUUAACGGUUAGUUUUCCAUUCAUGCUUCCAUGCGGCCGUAAACGGUCUUCGUUUUUUCCGCUUGAGACUUUUUCUACUUGCAGAUAUUUUUCGACUUUGACGCUGCAUAAGUCUGCACUUUUUUCUAGUGUAUUGUUUGUUUAAGAGGGUUGGCAAUACAGUUGUUUUUUAAAUUAUUUUUUAAGAUCUUGUGUUGCUGUUUUGCAUUGAAUAAAAAAAAUUUAAAAAAUGCAGUCGACUACAUGCAGCACGCCCGCAACAACAAGAGCGUAUAUGGAAGACUGCAAAACCUGCACACUUGUUUAGACCAAAACAUUACAGAUAUAUCCCUGUUUUUAUUUUCAAUGAAGAAUGGAACACUUAAUAUUUAUACACGUUAAGAGUUGACAUCCGACGUAAUAGUUAAUGUUGAAUUUAAUAUAGAUAGAAUAGUACAUGUUAUGAAUAUCAUUACCGUGCUAGGAGGUUGUUUGCUACCUUGUUUUCUCUUUUGCCACACAACCUUAAAGCAUUCAUACUGUAGUAGAUGGCGCCACGUGCGUCCUCGUCAUUGAUGUUUUAGUGGCCGAUGAUAAUGCAGACUAUCGUAUUUGUUUACGUCUGUGAACGAAACGUCACACGUUAGUUCAUUCCAACAGUCUACACUCCUGAAACAGGGUGGCUAGUAUUUAAAAACACAUUGACAACUUUAUCUGUUACAAUGUUACUGUUCUUAGAGACUUUUGUGGUAAGACUAGCUGAUUGGUUGUGGAUGUGUGGGCGGAUGUUUGCCACGCCCCACUGAAAUAUAAGAUAGUUCUUUGUAACAUUACACGAAUGUUUCUCUUUGUUUUGGAUUUGUGUAUGUGUGUGAUUUGAGAGUAUGGAGUUGUUUUUAAACCAGCUGUUGUAGAGCCAUCCUGCUUCGUGCACAGUGACACAUUGCAAUGUUCUUUCUGAAUUCCCGAGGGGCCUGUCGCGGUCUCUUGGGGGCCAAGCUGGAGUAAAAGUCUUCCGGCCCUUGCAAGAGAAUUAUUCUCGUUCUGAGUUUAAGCUGUUUCAGAUGCAUCCUGCAUACAAUGCAGCGUUCGCACUUAGUACCAUCAUGUAUCAAUAUUUUCUUAAGCUGCCUGUGAUGGUUGUUGUUUUGAUGAUUAGAAUCGAAUCUUUGUAGCCCCUUUGAAAGGUCUGUGACAAUUUAUGUGACAAGCCAUGAAUUCACACUCUAAAGGGCUUCCGGUUACACACUACACUUCAGGUCGUAUCCCGCGUUAUCGCUAAUGAAACAGGAUGUAUUGUCCCGACACAAUCCGUAUGGCAGCUAUAUCACCCAGGGCUUCCAUACAUUAUUUAGUGAUGCACGUCUGAGGACAGCGGAAUUGUUUCGUUGACAGUCAAAAGCUUCCGCGCUGUCAGUUUUUCCGCGUUACUAGAGUGAAAAGCUUUCUACCUAAACGUCGGACUUAAAACACAUCUCAGACGGUAAAAAGCUCAAAAGUUUUACAUUUGGUUUGCAUGAUUUGUACAUAUCUGUAACAUCAAAUUUUUUAGCGAAAUUGCGCAAGCCUCAUAAUUCGUAUAUGAUUUAAACCACUGCAGUUUUCUUAAUUUUUUGACGUGUUUAAUAUGAAACGUAAACAGUGCCAGUCAUAAUUAAUUUCGAAUUGCGACCUGUAAAUGGUGCCUUGGUGGUGUCGCUCGCUACCGACGUGUUGUCUGUUUUUAAAGGUGCCCUGUUAAGGCCAAAGUAUACUUUCCGUUUUUCUACGUGCCACUACGCAAUGCAAAUUUUGCCAUCAACACAGCAGCUACGCACGGACUGUCUGAGUGCAUCCAGUUUUUUAUUAGUCAUGCGGACAGUCUGCAUCUUUGCGUAUCGUCUGUGCGUGCGCCUGACAUUGACUGUGCUUAAACAGUAGACGAGCCCGGAAGGCUAAUUCCCUAUGGGUUCCCUUUGGAAUUUCCAAUGGGUUUCUUGGGUUAUUGUAAUGACGUUUUGUGAAAAAACAUUGCUUGAAGAUUCCCUCAAACGUGAAAGAUGAACAAGUUGCUAAUUAAGGACUACAAACAUGUCUGGCGAAAUGGAAAAUCGAUGUUGUCCUUAUCUAGCAACUUGUUAGCAUCAUACUUAAAAAAACAAAACAAAAAAAAACACAGGUGGCUUUAAAAGUCAAAUUUGGGUUAAGACAAAAACAUCCAAGUAUCUUCAUGUAAUGUUUAGCAUAAACCUUAUUUUACUCAGAAAUCCCAAACUGGCAUCAUAAAAACCCCAAGGUAAAUCCAGAAGGAACCCAUGGCUCAAAAAUGCUUAUUCUCUUCUGUUUUUUUAAACUACAACCUGAAUAGCUCGCAUCAAACGCAUCCGUAUGGGCUCGUGGUCAAGAGCAAUUGUAAACGCAUCGAACGGCGCGUGGGAAAACGAAGUAUACCCGAGCCUUUAUAGAGAAGAUUGUAUUCUGCACGGCUGUGUCGUUUCAGGCUGUGUUCACACUCCUCUUCCAAUUUUAGUUUGUGGUUUUUCAUUAAUACGUAGGUUAUGCUUCAGACAGUGUGGCGGCGAAGUGAUAAUCGUAAAAAGUAUUUGUACAGAGGGCCAUGUUGUAUCUGAGCUGGCUGUUUCCCUCUAUUUUGUCCCCAUGUUUAGUUUAUGGGAGCAUCAGGAAUAUUGUGCACUCAUGUUAGUUACUAAGUUAAGAAUCUGGUUUUAUAAGCCAGUCCAAGGGAUUUUGUGUGAUUGGUUUAACGGUACAAGAAACUAGCUGAAAGUGUAUUUUUAGUUCUCUGUGUCUGUGGUGUUUUGGCAUGAAGGUCAUGUGACUAGUGAAGAAUUGGUCACGGCAGGCCUGAGUUUUAAGAUUGACCCUACAGACCUGAAAGUGGGUUGUUUCUUUGUGUCCUCCAAGGGUUAAAAACAGGGUUUACUGAGGAGAUCUCAGGCAGUUUAGAAUGGAGAAGAUGUCAAACGCUGUUGUCCCAUGAAUCAUUUUCACCCUAAACUCUACUCUAUUUUCGCUUGAAUUCUUUUUGUACGCAGAACCAAAAGUUUUUCAAUAAAGAAACGUCAGAAACGUCAAUUGUAAAUAUCCUGAAACAAUCAUUGGGAUUUGUUUAAGAAGUACAAAACUGAAAAAGGUUAAUGUAGUUUUUAAAACAUGUAUCAUUAUUUGUAAGUUAACUCUCUGCAUGUCUUGCAGCCAUCUGGCAUUGGCUAACGAAACGGUGAAAAAAAAACUUUUUUACACAUUUUAUUUUUACAAUUUAUUUGCUUAUCUUGACAAAUGUCCCAGAUUAUAAUGUGACCCUUUUAUUACAGCAAAUUUAUCUUUAUUUUCCAUAUUUCUGUUACCUGUGUACAACAUAUAGGCAAUUUAUAACAAAAUGAGAAAAAAUUAUUGAAGAAAUUUAAAAUUUAAAUCUAUUUUAUUUGAAAGUUUAUGGACCUUUUAACCGUGAGCUGGAACAAUUGUAUACACGUAUAAUUUGAGCUGACUGACGGUUCUAAGAAAUGUAUCAAGAGUUUUAUUUUUUAUGCUUCUUUAAUAAAAUCUUGUUUUUACUUUUCGUUUUUGUACUGUAAAACAAUAAAA